GCGAGUGGUUGCACACAUAUUUGCUCUAGUGUUUUUUUCCUUCUUGUUAUUUCUGAGACGUAGCAUAACAACUGAUUUCGAUAAAACGAAGUUCACGUUAAGAACUGACACAAAUAAAAUAUACUUGAAUAGUCAUUCAAAGAGAUAGAGAUUUUCAACGAAAAUUUUUAACUGAAAGAAAAAAAAGUGAAUAAAAAUGAUGAAUUCAAGUGUUAUUAAAACUGAGCGCUCAGUUGAUAGAGCUCACUUUUGUGUGAAAUGUGAUAAACAAAUUCAAGAUCGGUAUUUUUUGAAAGCGUUGAAUGCAUUUUGGCAUGAGAACUGCUUGAAAUGCAGUUGCUGCGAUUGUCGUCUCGCUGACGUUGGUUCAACAUUAUUCACGCGCGAAAAUGUGAUUCUGUGCAAAAGUGAUUACAUUAGACUGUAUGGUAACACUGGCCACUGUGCAGCGUGCAAUAAACUGAUUCCAGCAUUUGAGAUGGUGAUGCGAGCAAAGCGAAAUGUUUAUCACUUGGAGUGUUUUGCAUGUCAACAAUGUAGUCACAGAUUUUGUGUUGGAGACCGGUUUUAUUUGUGUAAUAAUAAAAUCUUGUGCGAGAGUGAUUAUGCCGAACUUCAGAUGCAUACGGAAAUGAGUCAACAACAGAAUGUCAGCAACACUAGUAGCAGUAUCAACAACAAUAAUCACAAUAACAAUAACAAUGAGUAUAUGAAUCGAAAUACACCAACCAAAAGUCAGGCAUCUGGUUCGACCAGCACCAUGAUGCCGUUGUAUUCAGAGAAGAAUAAUUUCACCAAUUUCGAUGUGCCAAUUCACGUCAGAUAAGCAUUUCAUCACAUCAGUCAUAUCGGCUUAAAUUAGCAUAACCGUAUAGUUACUCUUAAAAUAAAUCGUAGUCGUAUUUUUGUUCGUUUCAUCAAAAGUCAUAACCUGUUUUUGUUUUAUAAUUUUCGUGAUAAUUGUAAUGUUAAAUAUGGACGAUGCAAUAAGACUGUCCGUAGUCAAAUAAAAAAAUAGACGACUUUCCUAAAA